AUGUUUGGCUUUGUGGAUUCAAGGACUGUUCUGCUACUUGUAGCAUCCCAGGUUGUUUUACUUUCCGUGGUCAGGUGUCAGGAUGAGGACGACCAGGAGGCAGGUGGCUGCAUCCAGGACGGCCAGCAGUAUAAUGAUAAGGAUGUGUGGAAGCCCGAGCCGUGUCGUAUCUGUGUGUGCGACAGCGGAGCGGUUCUGUGUGAUGAGAUAAUCUGCGAGGAGAUCAAAGAAUGUGCCAACCCUCUCAUCCCAUCUGGAGAGUGCUGUCCCAUCUGCCCUGCUGAUGCCAGUGCCCCCAUUGAGACAUUUGGUGCUAAGGGCCAGAAAGGAGAACCAGGAGACAUUGCAGAUGUUGUAGGACCAAAAGGACCACCAGGCCCUAUGGGCCCCUCAGGAGAGCAGGGAGCACGUGGAGAAGUUGGCGCUAAGGGUGAUAUGGGAAAUGCUGGACCUCGCGGAAGAGAUGGCGAGCCCGGCAUCCCUGGAAACCCCGGAGCCUCCGGCCCACCUGGACCACCAGGACUUGGAGGGAACUUUGCUGCUCAGAUGGCUGGAGGCUUUGAUGAGAAGGCCGGAGGCGCUCAGAUGGGUGUGAUGCAGGGACCAAUGGGUCCUAUGGGUCCUCGUGGUCCCCCCGGACCGAGUGGAGCUCCUGGCCCACAGGGCUUCCAAGGUGGCCAUGGCGAGGCUGGAGAGCCCGGACCAGCUGGAGCGCUGGGACCUCGUGGACCAUCUGGAUCUUCUGGAAAAUCUGGAAGUGAUGGUGAGGCUGGCAAACCUGGAAAAGCUGGUGAGCGUGGACCCGCAGGGCCUCAGGGAGCUCGUGGAUUCCCUGGAACUCCUGGACUUCCUGGAAUCAAAGGACACAGAGGUCAUUCUGGUCUGGAUGGAGCUAAAGGAGAAACCGGUGCCGCAGGAGCCAAGGGAGAGUCUGGUUCUUCUGGAGAGAACGGCGCCCCUGGACCUAUGGGCCCACGUGGUCUGCCCGGUGAGAGGGGACGUUCUGGAGCUGCUGGAUCUGCAGGUGCCCGUGGAAAUGAUGGCUUGCCCGGUCCUGCUGGUCCACCUGGGCCUGUUGGUCUUGCUGGAGCUCCCGGUUUCCCCGGAUCUCCAGGAUCAAAGGGAGAAGCUGGUCCUACUGGAGCCCGUGGAUCUGAAGGAGCACAGGGACCUCGCGGAGAGGCCGGUACCCCAGGAUCUCCUGGACCCUCCGGAGCAUCGGGUAACCCCGGUACUGAUGGUAUUCCUGGAUCUAAAGGAUCUGCUGGUGGUGCUGGUAUUGCUGGUGCUCCUGGAUUCCCCGGCCCACGUGGCCCACCCGGACCUCAGGGAGCUACAGGACCUCUGGGGCCUAAGGGACAAUCUGGAGACCCUGGUCUGCCUGGAUUCAAAGGUGAAGCUGGACCCAAGGGAGAGCUUGGCCCUAUUGGUCCCCAAGGUGGCCCAGGCCCUGCUGGAGAAGAAGGAAAGAGAGGAGCCAGAGGAGAGCCUGGAACUGCCGGACCACUCGGACCUCCAGGAGAGAGAGGAGCUCCUGGUAACCGUGGUUUCCCAGGUCAGGAUGGUCUUGCUGGUGCUAAGGGAGCCCUUGGUGAUCGUGGUGUUCCUGGUGCUGUUGGGCCCAAAGGUGCAGGUGGAGACCCCGGACGCACAGGAGAGUCAGGCCUCCCCGGAGCCAGAGGUCUUACUGGUCGUCCCGGAGAUGCUGGUCCUCAAGGCAAAGUUGGACCCUCUGGAGCUGCUGGUGAGGACGGUCGCCCCGGCCCACCCGGCCCUCUGGGAGCCCGUGGACAGCCAGGAGUGAUGGGAUUCCCUGGACCAAAGGGAGCCAAUGGUGUCGCUGGAAAGACAGGAGAGAAAGGUCUUGUAGGUCGUCCUGGUCUGAGAGGUCUGUCUGGAAAAGAUGGUGAGACUGGUUCUUCUGGACCUUCUGGGCCUUCUGGACCUGCUGGAGAGAGAGGAGAGCAAGGACAGCCCGGACCCUCUGGCUUCCAGGGUCUGCCCGGACCAUCUGGUGCCCCAGGAGAGCCUGGAAAACCUGGAGACCAGGGAGUUUCUGGAGACGCCGGAGCUAAUGGUGCCGUUGGACCCAGAGGUGAGCGUGGAUUCCCUGGUGAGAGAGGCGGUGCCGGAGCUCAGGGUCUUCAGGGACCUCGUGGACUUCCUGGAACACCUGGAAGUGAUGGACCCAAGGGAGCCAUUGGACCAACUGGCGGUGCUGGAUCCCAGGGACCCCCCGGCCUGCAGGGUAUGCCCGGAGAGAGAGGAACUGGUGGCAUCCCUGGAGCCAAGGGAGACAGAGGUGACAACGGACAGAAAGGACCUGAGGGAGCUUCUGGAAAGGACGGUGGUAGAGGUCUGACUGGUCCCAUUGGUCCUCCUGGCCCAUCCGGACCCAACGGCGCCAAGGGUGAGACUGGAAUCUCUGGUCCUUCUGGUGCUUCUGGUGCUCGUGGUGCUCCUGGUGACCGCGGAGAGGUCGGUCCUCUGGGGCCCGCUGGCUUUGCUGGACCUCCUGGUUCAGAUGGUCAGCCUGGUGCCAAGGGAGAGCUCGGUGAGUCUGGACAAAAGGGAGAAGGUGGUUCUCCCGGACCUCAGGGACCAUCUGGAGCGCCUGGACCUGUGGGACCCACUGGUGUAUCUGGAAUCAAAGGAGCGCGUGGUGCUCAGGGAGCUGCUGGUGCUACUGGUUUCCCCGGUGCUGCUGGCAGAGUUGGAUCUCCUGGCCCUAAUGGUAAUCCUGGUUCUGCUGGCCCUGCUGGUUCUUCUGGUAAAGACGGACCCAAGGGUGCUCGUGGUGAUGCCGGCCUCACUGGAAGACAGGGAGACGCUGGGCUUCGUGGACUUUCUGGCUCACAAGGAGAGAAGGGAGAGGCUGGAGAGGAUGGACCACCUGGUGUUGACGGGCCUUCAGGUCCUCAGGGUCUUGGUGGAUCUCGUGGUAUUGUGGGUUUGCCUGGUCAGCGUGGAGAGAGAGGUUUCGCCGGUCUCCCUGGACCUUCUGGAGAGCCUGGUAAACAAGGAGGAUCUGGUUCUUCUGGCGACCGCGGACCUCCCGGACCUGUGGGACCCCCUGGACUUACUGGACCCUCUGGAGAGAUUGGAAGAGAGGGAACCGCUGGAUCAGAUGGACCUCCUGGUAGAGACGGAUCUACUGGAGUCAAGGGAGAGCGAGGUAACACCGGUCCCUCCGGCGCCCCUGGAGCUCCCGGAGCCCCCGGAGCCACUGGACCUGUCGGACCACUCGGCAAGCAGGGAGACAGAGGAGAGGGUGGCUCUCAAGGACCUGCAGGACCCUCUGGACCCUCAGGCGCUAGAGGAAUGGCUGGACCUCAAGGACCACGUGGAGACAAGGGAGAGUCUGGUGAGACUGGAGAGAGGGGACAGAAGGGUCACCGUGGCUUCACUGGUCUGCAGGGUCUUCCUGGACCAUCUGGCUCCUCUGGAGAUUCUGGAUCUGCCGGACCUGCCGGACCAAGCGGAGCUAAGGGACCAUCUGGACCAGGUGGACCUGCUGGCAAAGACGGAUCAAAUGGACAGCCUGGCCCCAUUGGACCCCCCGGACCUCGUGGACGUUCUGGAGACGGUGGCCCUGCUGGUCCCCCUGGUAACGCCGGACCCCCUGGCCCUCCUGGUCCUCCCGGCCCCGGCAUCGACUUGUCUGCCUUCGCCGGUCUGGGUCAGACUGAGAAGUCCCCUGAUCCUCUCAGGUACAUGAGGGCCGAUGAGGCCUCCAGCUCCCUGAGGCAGCACGACGUGGAGGUCGAUUCUACACUCAAGUCCCUCAACAACCAGAUUGAGAAUCUGCGCAGCCCCGACGGCACCCAGAAGAACCCUGGCCGCACCUGCAGAGACCUGAAACUGUGCCACCCUGAGUGGAAGAGCGGUAAUUACUGGGUUGACCCCAACAUUGGCAGCACAGCCGAUGCCAUCAAGGUGUUCUGCAACAUGGAGACUGGAGAGACCUGCGUCGCCCCGAGCAUCGCCGAGAUACCGAAGAAGAACUGGUGGACUAGCAAGAACAAUGACCGCAAACACGUCUGGUUCGGAGAGACCAUGAAUGGAGGAUUCCACUUCAACUACGCUGAGGGCGGCCCUAUUGCCAACGCUGGCAGUGUCCAGCUGACCUUCUUGAGACUUCUGUCCACUGAAGCAUCCCAGAACCUCACUUACCACUGCAAGAACAGUGUUGCCUACAUGGACCAGGCCUCAGGCAACCUGAAGAAGGCUCUGAAGCUCCAGGGCUCCAACGAUGUGGAGAUCCGCGCAGAGGGCACCAGUCGCUUCACAUACGCCGUGUUGGAGGAUGGCUGCAAGAAACACACAGACCGGUGGGGCAAGACUGUCAUCGAGUACAAAACACAGAAAACCUCCCGUCUGCCAUUCGUGGACAUUGCUCCCAUGGACAUCGGAGGAGCGGAUCAGGAGUUCGGUGUGGAAGUAGGCGCAGUCUGCUUCUUGUAAAGUGGAAUAUCACAAUGGCCCCCCCUCCCAAAAGAAAACACAGGAAAAAAAUAAACUCAACCAUGAAACAUUAACACACACACACACACACACACACACACACACUUCCACAAUAAAGAAGACUGGAAAUUAUAAAAGAAAAUUGAUACUUUUUCUCUCACAAUGAACGAAGUGCUCUCCAAGUUGUACUCCCUGGAUGUUAGCGCUGAAGGGCACCGGCAAUAUCCGUUACACCACACCAGCAUUCUCUGUCAACCCCGCUUCCUGAGAUCCAGUCAUGUUUCCCAUGGCCCACCGUUGACGGGAUUGAGUCAGAUCCAGGAGGAAG